ACCAAGAUGGAGCCGGGAGGCGGUGGGCCAGGCCCUCUGAUCGUGAACAACAAGCAGCCUCAGCCGCCGCCGCCGCCGCCCCCGGCGUCCCCGCAGCCCCAGGCCGUGGCCCCGCGGACCCCCGCCGGCGGGGGCGGGGGCGGCGGGGGCGUCCUGCCGGGGGGCAAAGGGCGGGAGUUCAACCGCAACCAGCGCAAGGAUUCGGAGGGCUAUUCUGAGUCCCCAGACUUAGAAUUUGAAUAUGCUGAUACAGAUAAGUGGGCUGCAGAACUCUCAGAACUUUAUAGCUACACGGAAGGGCCUGAGUUCCAGAUGAACCGAAAAUGCUUUGAGGAAGACUUCAGGAUCCAUGUGGCAGAUAAGAAGUGGACCGAACUGGACAUUAACCAGCACCGUACCCAUGCCAUGAGGCUCCUGGAUGGCUUAGAAGUCACUGCCAGGGAGAAGAGGCUCAGAGUGGCCCGAGCGAUCCUCUAUGUUGCCCAAGGUACCUUUGGGGAGUGCACCUCUGAAUCUGAAGUUCAGUCGUGGUCUAGGUACAAUGUCUUCCUGCUCCUGGAGGUGGGCACAUUCAAUGCUUUGGUGGAGCUGCUGAACAUGGAGAUCGACAACAGUGCGGCCUGCAGCAACGCUGUGAGGAAGCCCGCCAUCUCCCUGGCCGACAGCACCGACCUGAGGGUGCUGCUCAAUAUCAUGUACCUGAUUGUUGAGACCGUUCACCAAGAAUGUGAGGGUGAUAAAGCUGACUGGAAGACCAUGAGGCAGACUUUCCGAGCAGAGCUAGGCUCUCCCCUGUACAACAACGAGCCCUUCUCCAUCAUGCUCUUUGGGAUGGUGACCAAGUUCUGCAGUGGACAUGCGCCUCACUUUCCCAUGAAGAAGGUUCUUUUGCUUCUCUGGAAAACAGUAUUGUGCACACUCGGGGGCUUCGAGGAGCUCCAGAGCAUGAAGGCAGAAAAGCGUGAGAUCUUGGGCCUUCCCCCUCUGCCCGAAGACAGCAUCAAAGUGAUUCGCAACAUGAGGGCGGCCUCCCCCCCAGCUUCUGCCUCCGACCUCAUUGAACAGCAGCAGAAACGGGGUCGUCGAGAGCACAAGGCUCUCAUAAAACAAGACAACCUCGAUGCAUUCAAUGAGCGGGAUCCAUAUAAGGCCGAUGACUCCCGUGAGGAGGAAGAGGAGAAUGAUGACGACAACAGCCUAGAGGGAGAGACAUUCCCCCUUGAGCGGGAUGAGGUGAUGCCUCCCCCCGUGCAGCACCCUCAGACAGAUCGACUCACCUGCCCCAAGGGGCUGCCUUGGGCCCCCAAGGUGAGAGAAAAAGACAUUGAGAUGUUCCUAGAAUCCAGCCGAAGUAAAUUCAUUGGCUACACACUCGGGAGUGACACAAACACAGUGGUGGGGCUGCCCAGACCCAUUCAUGAGAGCAUCAGGACUCUGAAGCUGCACAAGUACACGUCAAUCGCAGAAGUCCAAGCCCAGAUGGAGGAAGAAUACCUUCGCUCUCCCCUCUCGGGGGGAGAAGAGGAAGUGGAACAAGUCCCUGCAGAAACCCUCUACCAAGGUCUCCUCCCUAGUCUGCCUCAGUACAUGAUCGCCCUGCUGAAGAUCCUGCUGGCUGCUGCUCCGACCUCCAAAGCCAAAACAGACUCCAUUAACAUCCUGGCUGACGUCCUACCUGAGGAGAUGCCAACCACUGUGUUACAGAGCAUGAAGCUGGGGGUGGAUGUGAACCGCCACAAAGAGAUCAUCGUGAAGGCCAUUUCUGCGGUAUUGCUGCUGCUACUCAAGCACUUCAAGCUGAACCACGUCUACCAGUUUGAGUACAUGGCCCAACAUCUUGUGUUUGCCAACUGCAUUCCUUUGAUUCUGAAGUUCUUCAAUCAAACCAUCAUGUCGUACAUCACUGCCAAAAACAGUAUUUCCGUUUUGGAUUACCCUUACUGUGUGGUUCAUGAACUGCCAGAGCUGACAGCAGAGAGUUUGGAAGCCGGCGACAAUAACCAGUUCUGCUGGCGAAACCUCUUCUCUUGUAUCAAUUUGCUUCGGAUCUUGAACAAGCUGACAAAAUGGAAGCACUCCAGGACCAUGAUGCUGGUGGUCUUCAAGUCAGCGCCCAUCCUGAAGCGGGCCUUGAAGGUAAAGCAAGCCAUGAUGCAGCUUUAUGUGCUCAAGCUGCUCAAGGUUCAGACCAAGUAUCUGGGGCGCCAGUGGCGGAAGAGCAACAUGAAGACCAUGUCGGCCAUCUACCAAAAAGUCCGACACCGGCUGAACGAUGACUGGGCCUAUGGAAAUGAUCUGGAUGCCCGACCCUGGGACUUCCAGGCGGAAGAGUGCGCUCUUCGGGCCAACAUUGAGCGCUUCAACUCUCGGCGCUAUGACCGGACCCACAACAACCCCGACUUCCUGCCUGUGGAUAACUGCCUGCAGAGUGUCCUGGGCCAGCGGGUGGACCUUCCGGAGGACUUCCAGAUGAACUAUGACCUCUGGCUGGAAAGGGAGGUUUUCUCCAAGCCUAUCUCUUGGGAAGAGCUGCUGCAGUGAGGUUUUUUUUGCCCAAAGCUCCUGGCGCCAGGCCCCAUGUCCCAGGUUGCCGCAGUGCUGCUUCUUCUCCUGCAGGUGGCAGUGUGGCUUUGUGCACCAUCUUCACAGAUUCAUCAUGGCAGAACUCCAGGCCCCGGCCUGAUGCGGGGACAUUUCCAGGCUUGGCUUCUUUCUUGGUGGUAGUUUCCCAGUGUCCUGCCCAGGAGGGCCGUUGUUCUGCACAUCAGGAGGGAGCCCCAGGCCAACAUGUGCUGGGAGCAGAGCCCUCUGGCCCCUUCCCACGGCAUCCUCCAGAUUUCAGGUGUAAUCCACCAGCUCCGCCAAAACACUAAGCAUGGUGAUCUGCCUGGGAGAGGGGGGCAAGGUCAUCCAGGAAAGCACUGUCGGGCUCUUUGCUCUCAGACUCAUCUCCAGCUUCCUCCUCACUUCCCUCCAGCAGCUCCUGCAGAGGCCUGGACGCUGCUGCCUUAGCACGUCUGCCCUGGACGGGGUCAGGGUGGGAAACAGACAUUACCUUCAGACGGGGGCACUGUCUCCCCCCUCUAUUUGCAAUGUCCUGUACAUAUCUAUAUAUAUAUCUAUCUAUCUAUCUAUCUAUAUAUAUAUAUAUAUAAAAUAUAUGUGUGUUCUGUUGUGUAACUCUGGGGUUUUAAAUGUAUUU